AUGUCGGCCGAUGUUUAUGGCAACCGCGGUGUAUCACCACCCCAAGGCAACGCACCCUAUCCCGGCCGUAGACCUGGUGCCUCGCCUUUCGGUGGACCGACCUUCUCUCCCUACAACAACCGUGGUCCCGCCAUGGGUCCAUCUUAUGAGAUGUCGCCCGUAGAUCUCAACGCUACCGACGACCCACUAGAUUAUUACACUCAGGCCGGCGAUACAAAUGACUACCGGCCACCCCAACUUCCUAGUGCCCUCCGCUCUGGCUCACCGGCACAGAUGCAGAAUGCUGGACCACCUAGAGUAGGCACUGCUCCACCUUCCCGAUCGGGCACUGCUCCGCCGUCAAAUCCUCGUGCUGGAGUGCCCGCUACGUUGCAAUCAGCUAUACAGCGACGCGAAGCAUCCCAGCCUCUUCCUAAUCGAGGUAUGCCUAUGCAACAACAGCAACGUAGUGCUACCGCGCCCCUUGGACCACCACAAUGGGCACCACGGUCAGAUGCAGAGCCGAUGCCCAGAAGUAACACAACUGGUCCAGGACCCCAGGGCUACCGCCCGUACUAG